GGGGCAAACGCAGCAAAGUUACAGGAGGCAGGAGCUCUGCCCUGAAAAGAAUGCCUAUGGUGCCUGAACGUGCGAAGCUGCACUUGGUCAUGACUCUCUGGCAGUUUGGUUAUGCUGGGAACCAUAUCAUCUUGAGAUCUGCACUUAAUAUGGGAAUAAGCAAGAUAGUUUUCCCUCUUUAUCGGAAUGCUAUCGCACUGUUUGUUCUGGCUCCCUCUGCAUAUUUUUCAGAGAAGAAUGACAGGCCACCAUUAACCACUUCAAUUUUGAUAGAAUUUUUCCUCCUCGGAUUUAUUGGGAUAACAUGCAAUCACGGAUCCUAUCUUCUGGGUUUGGACAAAACUUCUCCUACCUUUGCUUCUGCUACAGAGAACAUUGUUCCUGCUGUAACCUUUCUCAUAGCUGCGCUACUCAGAAUAGAGCAAGUGCAUUUGAACAGGAAAGAUGGUAGAGCUAAGGUGCUUGGAACUGCUGCUUCUGUUGCUGGAGCUUCACUCAUUACCCUUUACAAGGGGCCAGCCAUAUAUACACCAAAUUCACAUUUACACCACCAAUCACGAGUUUUACUUUCGUUAGGAGAUGACGAGGGGGAGAAUUGGACCUUGGGUUGCAUCUAUCUCAUUGUUCACUGCCUAUGUUGGUCAAGUUGGAUUGUUUUACAAGCACCCCUCUUGAAGAAAUAUCCAGCUCGGCUUUCGGCCACCUCAUAUUCUUGCUUCUUCAGUGUUUUGCAGUUUCUGGCAAUUGCAGCAUACUUUGAGAAAGACUCUCAAGCCUGGCAAGUUCAUUCCAGUGCUGAACUUUUCAGUAUUUUCUAUACGGGAUUGGUGGCUUCAGCAAUGGGAUUUGCAGUACAAACUUGGGUCGUUGACAGGGCAGGACCAGUAUUUGUUUCAGUCUAUCUACCUGUACAAACCUUGCUUGUAGCUGUAAUGGCCUCUGUUGUUUUAGGAGAAGAAUUCUACUUGGGAGGAGUCAUUGGAGCAGUGUUGAUUGUGGCUGGACUAUACCUUGUUGUGUGGGGCAAAAGUGAAGAGAGCAAGUUUGCAAUGCAAAAGGCUUCAAUUCCCUCUAUGCCUGAGAAUAAAAAGAGAAAAUGCCCUAGUAGAUCUCCUCUCAUCCAACCAUUAAUUACUUCCUUUUCAGAGUGAAAAUGGUGACAACUUUGUUUCCACUUUUCAGCAUAGACCUAAAACAGCAAGAGAACCUGUGCUUCGAACCAAGAGAAAGAGAACAGUAGUGAUC